UUAAAAAGAAGAGUGAAAAUGGUAAACAAGAUGAAAAAUUGGAAACCUGUUGAAAUAGAUGGUAAUGUGUUUAGUAGCGGUUUUGAAGGAUUAAUUGGAAUAGAAGAAUGCACUGAUUAUGACUUGGGAGACCUUGUUGAAACUAAAAAUGUAAAAAAGAAGCGAAAGAAGGAUGAUACUAAGCAACCUAAUAAGGCAAAUAAAAAAGUAAAAGAAAUUAUUGUUAAAUCAGAGCCUAAUUUACUUUCACCAUCAAAAAGUGGCGAUACAUCUAUUUCUGAAGUUACAAGUUUAGAAGAUGUGGAGGAAUUUGACACAUCAGCAUGGCUGAAUUUUGAUUUACCUGAAAGCAUUUUGAAAGCACUAGCCGAAUUAAAAUUUAAAGAACCGACACAAAUUCAGUCUUUAACCUUGCCAUCAGCUAUAUUAGGAAGAAAAAAUAUAUUGGGGGCUGCUGAAACUGGCAGUGGUAAAACACUUGCAUUUGGUUUACCUAUAUUGACAGGUAUUUUAAAGAUUAAAGAGAAGGAUGGUGAUAACAUUGAAGAAAAUUCAGAUGAUUCUGAAGAAGAAUUAGAAGAUUUGGAUGAAAAUGGCCAUGGCUGUGUUAAUGCAUAUAAAAUCAAAGAAAAACAUCCACAAAAACCUUUGUAUGCUUUGAUAUUGACACCCACAAGAGAGUUGGCAAUGCAGAUUAAAAGUCAUUUAACAAAGGUGGCAAAAUAUACAGGAAUUAAUAUUGCAGUGGUUGUCGGAGGAAUGGCUGCAGUAAAACAGGAAAGAUUGUUGGGGAAAUUUCCUGAAAUUGUAGUUGCUACUCCUGGAAGGUUGUGGGAGUUAAUUCAACAGGGAAAUCAACAUUUAUCACAGGUUGAUAAAAUAAGAUUUUUAGCAAUUGAUGAAACGGAUAGAAUGCUUGAAAGGGGUCACUUUCAAGAACUACACAGUUUAAUAGAAAAAAUAAAUGUCGACGAAGAAAUCUUGAAAAAACGACAAAGCUUCGUAUUUUCCGCCACUUUAACGUUAAUUCACGACAUACCAAGACAUUUAAUCAACAAACAAAAAAUAAAAGGCCGCAGAAACCUCAAGGACAUGACGCCAGAGCAAAAACUACUCAAAAUUGUCAACUCGCUGGGAAUCAAAGAUCCGAAAAUCGUUGAUAUAACCCAAGGGACAGGAACGUCUUCAACCCUUACAGAGUGCAGAAUAACAUGUAAAAUAACAGACAAAGAUUUCUAUGUGUACUAUUUCCUACAAAAACACCCAGGCAGAACUUUAAUAUUCUGCAAUUCCAUCGGUUGCGUUAAGAGACUGAACACCCUUUUAACUUUACUGGAUUGUCACCCCCUGCCACUGCACGCUUCAAUGCAGCAAAGGCAGAGGCUUAAAAAUCUCGAAAGAUUCACGGAAGACGAGCUCGGUAUUCUUAUAGCCACCGAUGUGGCCGCAAGAGGGUUGGAUAUACCGAGUGUUGAGCACGUUUUGCACUAUCAAACUCCGAGAACGAGUGAGAGUUACGUGCAUAGAUCUGGCAGAACAGCUAGAGCGUCUAAAGAGGGCAUUACCGUUUUGUUGAUUGAGCCGACCGAACUUCCCAACUAUUUGAAAUUGUGUAGGACCCUUGGAAAAGAUGAAGAUUUACCAAUAUUUCCAGUACAAGAAAAUUACCUAAAUGCAGUAAAACAGAGGGUAAAUUUGGCAAGAGAACUAGAUAAGUUGCAGUUACAAGUUAAAAAGGCAACAUCUGAGACAGGCUGGCUAGAAAAAGCUGCUGAAGAAAUGGAUAUCAUUGUAGAUGAUAUGGCAAAACGGUACGACACCAAAGAAGCCCAAAAAAGCAAAAAACUCGCCGAAAUCAAACGGAAACAUUUGGCAUCCAUGCUAUCAAAACCCGUUUUCCCCAAAGGUUUCAGUGGAAAAUACCCCCUAGCAACUGGGGAGUUGGUACUACCAAUGGAGGUAACUGACCAAAAUGAGAAAGCAGUUGACGUUAUGAAAGCAGCCGUAGAAACUUAUUCAAAGCAAAAAAGCAGGUUUGUAAAGUUGUAUAAAGGCAACAAAAAGCAACUGGAGAGAAAAGAUGGAGUUAUCAAAUUGCCAAAGUUUAAGAAUGAAGGCAAGAAAGGAAAAAAGUUUAAGAGGAAAUAAAUGUUAAAUACAUGAAUUUUAUUUUAAUAAACGUUAAGUA